AUGCUAGGUAAAUCGUUGUUCUACAGUACCGAUGAUGAUGAUGAUGAUGAUGAUGAUGAUGAUGACGAUGAUGAUGAUGAUGAUGAUGAUGAUGAUGGUGGUGGUGAUGAGAAGGAGGAGGAGGGCGAAGAUAGUGAUGACGAGUAUGAAUCUGAAGCACACAUGGUACAGUGGAAAGGAAAUCGCUUUGAGCGGAGACCGAAUUAG